AUGAGUCGGUUUAGCUCUUCUCAUCAAGAGAAAGAUAAAAUGCCAACCGAAAGCACUCCUCUCAUACAGACUGUUCGGGUCGGCCCUCCUCGGCGGAGGUACCCUCACCAAAUCUGGCGUCGCUUCUUUACUCUGAUUUGCUCUGUCGUGGUUAUUGGCGGGUUUGGCUUGUUCGUUAUCCAAACUCUCUUGAUUGGACCUCACCAUCAUCAUGGUCAUCCUGGCUCUUGGUUACCUGGCAAAAGUCAUUUGAGUUACGAAGAGUUGGAACGUAUCCUAUUUGAUACCCCAGACCCGAAAAAGGCCGAGGAAUGGAGCCGUUAUUAUACUUCUGGCCCCCAUCUGGCUGGCAAGAACCUCUCACAGGCUGAGUGGACAAGGGACCGUUGGGAGGAGUUCGGAGUUGAAUCCAGCAUCGUGGCAUAUGAUGCCUAUCUCAACUACCCUGUUGACGCCAGUGUUUCCAUCUUGGAAAAGUCAAAGAACGGAAAAGGCUGGAACACCACAUUCAAGGCCUCUCUUGAAGAGGACAUCAUCGAAGAGGACCCAACAACCUCUUACGAAAACCGCGUUCCCAUCUUCCAUGGCUACUCGGCCAGCGGAAACGUCACUGCCUCCUUCGUCUAUGUCAACUAUGGAACUUACCAGGACUACGAGGAGCUCGUCAAUGCCAAGGUUGACGUCAAGGGGAAGAUUGCCAUUGCCAGAUACGGUGGAAUCUUCAGAGGCCUCAAGAUCAAACGCGCACAGGAGCUUGGCUUUGUUGGGGUCCUCAUCUACAGCGAUCCCGGCGAUGAUGGUGAGAGGACCGAAGAGCAUGGAUAUAAGCCUUACCCUGAGGGACCUGCGCGUAACCCUAGUGCUGUUCAGCGCGGAAGUGCAGAAUUUUUGAGCAUCCGUCCUGGUGAUCCAUCCACUCCUGGAUAUCCUUCCAAGCCUGAUGCUCCUCGUGUCCCAGUCGAUGACGCCACUGCGUCUAUCCCUUCAAUCCCCAUCUCAUACCGGGAUGCUCUUCCCAUCCUCAAGGCUCUCAACGGCCAUGGUCCAAAGUCAUCAGACUUCAACAAGUACUGGAACAAGAACCUCGGCUUGAAAUACAAGGGCAUUGAGUACAACAUUGGUCCUACGCCAGAUGACGUUGUUGUCAACCUUUACAACGAGCAAAAGUAUGUCACCACGCCCAUUUGGGAUGUUAUCGGAAUUGUCAAUGGUACCAUCCCCAACGAAGUCAUUGUUGUUGGAAACCAUCGGGAUGCUUGGAUUGUCGGCGGAGCUGGUGAUCCCAACAGUGGCUCUGCUGUUCUCAACGAAGUCAUUCGCGGAGUUGGAAAGGCUAUUGAGGCAGGCUGGAAGCCUCUUCGAACUAUUGUCUUUGCGAGCUGGGACGGCGAGGAGUACUCUCUUAUUGGCAGCACCGAGUGGGUUGAGGAGUAUCUUCCAUGGCUCUCAGAGGCUAACGUUGCCUACGUCAACGUUGACGUCGGUGUUGAUGGUCCCGAGUUCACCGCAUCUGCAGCUCCUCUCCUCAACCAAAUCAUCCGCGAUGUCACAAACGCUGUUCCCUCGGCCAACCAGACCGUUCCUGGCCAGACUGUCAACGAUCUCUGGUCUGGAAGAAUUGCUACUAUGGGUAGUGGUAGUGACUUCACAGCUUUCCAGGACUUUGCGGGUAUUCCUUGCAUCGACUUCGGUUUUAAGUACAACGGUAAUAGUGCCGUCUAUCAUUACCAUAGCAACUACGAUAGCUUCUAUUGGAUGAAGGAGUACGGUGAUGUGGGAUUCAAGUACCACCGAACCAUGGCUCAAAUCCUAGGUCUCACCAUUGCCAAGCUCGCCGGCACUGUCAUCAUUCCUUUCAGCGCUACAGAGUAUGCCGAUGCUUUGAACGGCUACCUUGAUGAGGUUGAGGCCAAGUUCGAGCCUGCUGCCGAAGUCAUGAGCGACGAUAAAAUCUUUAGUAUGCGCGGUACUGUCUUGUCAGACAAGCCCAUCGGAAGCGAACACGAGUUUAAGAAGAGUCUCGACCACACUCGUCAGCAGCUUGGGCACUUUCACCUUAAAGCUAGUGAGCUCGAUGCUGAAGCUGAAAUUGCCAACCGCAAACUCGAAAAGGGUCUUCCAUGGUGGAACAUUAUCGGGAAAAUCCGUCUCGGCUACACUAUUGAGAGGAUCAACAAGAGAUAUAAGUUCCUCGAGCGCAACUUCCUCUACGAAGGUGGCUUAGAUGGCCGAGAUUGGUUCAAGCACGUAGUUUUUGCGCCUGGUAUUUGGACCGGUUACUCCGGAGCUGUUUUCCCCGGCUGGGACGAGAGUAUCGAUGCGAAGGAUUACACAAACGGACUUAAGUGGUCUGCUAUCAUUGUACGAUGUAUCAACAAGGCUAUCGAUAGCCUCUCGGGUUAG